ACCCUAAAGUGCAAAAUCCAACAAACGCCAUCUCCGGCAAAAAUGAGAUAGGCCUAAUGAUUGUAACCAAAUGCUCUCAACAUGUUCUAUACAUUCGUCAAAUACAUUCGCGUCAAAUCCGCUUAAUGUCCUCAGGCCAUUUAAAUAUACCAGUUUUUAGGUAGAAAUCAGGAGUUUGAUUAAAAAUUGCUAAUUAACAAGAAAUCUUGCCAUGGACACUUACCUGUAGUGGGUUUGGCAACUCUUCAAAUACAACUUUAUUGUAAAGUUGUGGCUUCAUUGUAAAAAGAUGGCAAUUAAUCUACUAAUGAAUGUAUGUCUUCUGAACUUCUGACUGUAUACACAAAAUCUACAUAAAUUUGUUUUACAUAAGACUUGCUGCUUUGGACAGGGGACACAUGUUAAGUUCAUGAUGUAACUUAAUCCAUAUUGUAUUGGACUCAUCAGGUCACGCCAAACACAUGACAUUUGUCAUCUCUCUGAGGAUAGAGUUUAUAAACUGAUGCUUUACUGGAUCUCUGGUAGUUCAUGCUGGGACAUAGCAUACACAAGAUUUUUAUUCCUUUAAGACUAAGGUUGCAGUGCAGUGUGGUAUACAGUAAGACCAAUGUAAGACAUGGGGCUAAAUCAUGUUUUUGAUAAUUUGUUUAUUAUAUUAUAAUUAAAAUUAUUAAACUGCAAGGCAAUAAGGUUCUGUUACAGUAGAUUACUGAUGGCAUAGAUUUUGCAUGACCUUAUUACUUGUGUAUAUAUAUAUUUGCAGUGUUUGUUGUUUCAAGGGAUCUUUGGAGCCAUGGCAGAAAACAGUAGCACUCGGAUCACUGAAUUCUUCCUGCUUGGAUUUCCAGGAGUCCAUUCACAGUAUAAUGGAGCUUUAGGGAGUGUUUUACUUUUUGUCUAUCUAGUACUGGCCAGCGGAAACAUUUUAAUCAUUUCAUUUAUUGCAUAUGAAAGGAGCCUUCAUAAACCCAGUUAUUUUAUCUUCUGUAACCUCGCUGUAUCUGAUCUCGCUUUUGGAACGGUCACGCUGCCCAAAGUGGUAGCCAAAUAUCUAGCCAAAGAUGAGCAUGUAGAAUUUUAUUCGUGUUUCGUGCAAAUGUAUAUCGUUCAUCACUUAGGUACGAUGAAUUCAUUUUUGAUGUUAUUAAUGGCGCUCGAUCGGUUUGUUGCUAUAUGCAACCCACUUAGAUAUCCUGCUAUUAUCACCAACCAGUCUAUUUCAUUCGCAUGCGUAGGAUUCUGGGUAGUUAUUUUAGGAUUUUUACCUCUGUUUACUUAUCAAACUGCCAAGCUUUCCUUUUGUGCUUCAGAUGUAAUAUAUCAAUGUUUCUGUGAUUUCAAUUCAUUAGUUAGAAUCGGGUGUGGGGAGAAAAGUGAGCUACGGAGAAAUGCGUUCGCAAUGGCCAUGUUUACUCUUUUGGGCCCUUUAAUUUUCAUCAUCUUUUCUUAUAUUGCCAUUAUUAUAUCUGUUUUUAAAAUCUCAAGCAUUCAGGCUCGAUAUAAAACAUUUUCUACAUGCAGUCCUCAGCUUUUUAUCAUAUGCCUUUACUAUAUCCCCAGAUGUACUGUGUAUGUUUGUGAUUUAACCGCUGAAAUGCCUAUGGCCGUUCGGGUAAUACUUGUUAUGUGGUACAGUCUGCUACCUCCUGUUGUUAAUCCAAUGAUAUACUGCCUCAGAACCCAGGAAAUCAAAGCUGUUUUAAUUAAAAGAAUUAGAGGUAAAAUAGUUCAAAUGAAUUUAAAGAUAUCUUCGAGCUAAACACAUUUGCACAUCCUGUUAAGCCACUGUGUACAAUUGUUUUUUUAUUUUUGCUGCCUUUUUUAUAAUGUCAUUGACUUAAGUCUUGUAUUAAAUCUUGACUAGAAAUGAGUUGCAAAGUUAAAAAUAAAUGUUUAAAUGGCUAAAGCUUUUUAAUUAAGUUAAAGCAAUGUACAAACAUGUUGUCAUGUCUUUUUGAUUAC